UCAACCUCUUUCAGUCUUUCAGAAAAGAAAAUGUCAACCGGAUUCCUGUAAAAUAAUUUUCUUCUGUCCGUACUACCCCUAACCGUUCGAUAUAUAAAUGCAACUUUGCAAGUCACAAAAGCAUAUUUCAGCUUUGCUUACAUAUUAAGAGGAAAGAGCAAGCGACAUACUCAAAGAGAUUAAUUAAGCGGUCGAAUAUUAUUAAGGUUAUGGCAGAGGAGUAUCAGGGCGGGAUUUGCGGUGGCAACUGGUGGAGCAGUGCAUCGAGACAUGCGCUCGUGGCGACGUCGCCGUGUGCUGUAGGUUUCAAUGAUCAUAUGGGAAGCUUUGGCUGCCCGAACGACGUGGACAUGAUCAAGUCAAGGUCUACUUGCGGCGGUGAGAUUAAUAUUAACUCAUCAGAUGUAGUCUCGCUUAAUAUGGAUCAUGAUCAAGAUCAUGUUCAAAAUCGUCAUGAGAAUACUGAUAUUUCUGCUACUGAUUCAACCUUGCAAAUGAUAGGUUUUGGUCUUAAUUCAUCGUCUUCCGCACUGCCCUCAGAUUUGAACCAAGCGUUGCUCCUUCGCAGUAGUAGUGGAAGAGGUGAGAGCAAUUUUCAUAAUUCCAUGCUCCAAGAAGAAAUGGGUUCUUUCAAGCAGCCUAUGAAUAAUCAAGAUUUUCCAUUAGACCAAAGCAGCUCCUCCUCUGGGUUUCCGAUAACCUCAUCGCCAGCUAAUAAUUCUUACGGUGGGGGCUUCCCUUCACAAUUGUUGCAAAGUUUGUAUGAUCCGGAAGAAGUAGUUGUACCCCAACCACAGCUACAAUCACUAUUCAACAACGGCUCGUCAUCCAUGAGUUAUUCUUCAGCUGAAAGUUAUGGCACACUUGGUUCCAAUGAUUUAUUAUCAUCACCAACUUCUAGUACUACCUGUUGGCCUAGAUACUCUCCCAGCUGCCUAAGACCUUCCCUGCAGCCAAGGCAACAACAACAACAACAACCCAGAGGCGGCAGUGGCAGUGGCGGUGGCGGUGGAUUGCACUUUUCGAAUAUUAAUACACCCUUCUGGAAUGCUCCCGCGGCCGCUCUAAACCAUGACAUACGAUCAACUGGUCUUUUUCCCUCAUUGUCACAGUCACAAUAUACAGCACCUACUGCAGCAAUAUAUGAUGAACAUAAACCCAUUACUUCCGGUAACUUCACUAAGCCCACUACUAAUGAAGAUGUUCAGGACUCGAGCUCCAGUACAGUCAAGAAGAGCGGCAGCAGCUUCUGUAGUAGUACUGAACCAGUAUUCAAAAGAGCUCGGAUUGAAACACCUUCACCAUUACCGACUUUUAAGGUUCGGAAAGAGAAGCUAGGGGACCGGAUCACAGCUCUCCAGCAACUGGUUUCGCCUUUCGGAAAGACUGAUACAGCUUCUGUCCUCCACGAAGCUAUUGAGUACAUCAAAUUCCUCCACGAUCAAGUCGGUGUUUUAAGUACUCCAUAUAUGAAAAAUGGAGCUCCCAUGCAACACCAACAGGGUUGUGAUAAAUUGAAGGAGGCAGAACAAGAAGGAAAGCACGAUCUAAAAAGUCGAGGGUUGUGCUUGGUUCCAAUUUCAAGUACAUUCCCUGUUGCUAAUGAGACCACGGCUGACUUUUGGACUCCGACAUUUGGAGCAACGUCUUUCAGGUGAUCGAUAACACGAAGAGGCCAUAGGAGCCAACUGAGGAACCCAUUUAAUUUUUCUACUAGGGAAUUACUGUGUUGUAAGCAAUUAAGACCAGAGACCCAAUAUUAAUGAUUAAUGAGCUGAGAGUACUUAGCUAGUUAGAUCAGGUGGGGGUUUGGAACAGGAACAGGUGCUAAAUUUAGCGGAAGGUGUUGACAUUAGUUUAAUUAGUAGUUGUUAAUUUUUGUUAACAAUAGCUGAAUUUAGCAGAUGGGGUUCGAUAAACUGCCCUUUUUGUUCCUGUUCAUGUAUUAAGUUGUCAGCUAGGGCUGGCAGCACCACCUUUUAAUUAUUAUCUCAGAGAAAAAAGAAAAGAAAAAGAAGAUGAAAUAAAUUAAGAGAUUAUUGUGGAUCGAUC